AUUAUUAAUUAUCUUUGUCUCUUCAGGCUCCCGGGGUGGGGAGUUCACCCCUCCGGUGAGCCGGUGUCAGGGGAGCCCCCUUCCAUUGCAUGGGGGAUCACAGCCUCGGGCUCCCGCAGACGGCGGCCUCCAGCCCCAGCCCACCGUUGGGUGUAGGAGGCGCUGGCUCCGCCGGGUCCUUCCCCUCCCCGGCAGCGGCGGCAGCCGCCUCUCGUUCCUCCUCCUGCCCCUUCUCACCCGCUGUAACCGGCUCCUCCGGCAGCGGCGGCGUGUCCGGUGGGUCGCCGCCGCCGCCCUCUCUGUUCCCCUCGGCGGCCGCUGCUGCGCAUCAUCAAAACAUGCAGGAUGAGCUGCUCCUGGGGGUGACACAGCAGCAGCCAGGCAGCGAGAGGCUGGGCAGCAGCCCCGCAUCAGGACACCCCCCUCUCGGCCACCCCUCCUCUGACUUUAAACCCAGUCUCAGCCCCCACCAGGAUUUAAACAAGCAGCAACCGCAGCAGCAACAGCCGCCGCCUCCUCAGCUGAGCCAGAAGAGGAAAGAGUUUAAGCAGCAGCAGCUCAGCAGCCCAGCCCAGCUCGGCAGCAGCCACCCCCUGAAUAACCACCACCCCCCAGACUAUCAUCACCACCCCCCUCAGCAGCAGCAGCAGCAGCAGUUCAGCCACCCCACUGACAAGUACCAGCAGCAGGAGCACAGGCAACAGCAGCAGCUCCAGCUCCUCAGCGCUCCCCCCCCGGAGCCGCCGCGGACGGGGGACUACCCGCACCACCGGCCCCUCAGCCCCGCCGAGCACAAGGGCGGCGCGGACAGGGGGGGUUCAGAGCGGCUCGCCCCUUCCUGCCCGGGGGGAUCGGUGUCCGCGGACCCCAAUGUGGGGGUGGCCGCCGCCUCCUGCGUGAAUCCGCCUCCGUCUCCUCCUCGUCUGCAGGCGAGAGCCAAGCUGCCCCCCAUGGAGUCCCCCCCGAACAGCCACUUGCUGGGCAGCCCCGGGAACCUCCUGCCCGGCGGGCUAGGCUCUGGCUUCAGCAGCCUGCAGAGCCCGGAGAUCCCCAGCCCCCAUCACCAGAGCGGGGGCGGCUCCUCCUCGGCGGCUUCCCCUCCUCCUCCGCCGCUGCCCGGCUUCGGCACCCCCUGGUCGGUGCAGACCUCGUCGCCGCCUCCGCAGCAGACGCAGCAGCCUCCGGUCUCCAGCGGCGGCGGCGGGCAGAUCAGCGCGAUGCCGCCCCCGAGCCCGGAAUCCGAGACCAGCUUCUACCCGGGGAUCCCGUCAUCGAUCAACCCCGCGUUCUUCCAGAGCUUCUCGCCGGUGUCUCCUCACAACCCCUGCGCCGGGCCCUUCAGCAGCCCCUUCUCGGCCGCCGCCCCCCCGCCGCCGCCGCAGAUGAAUUUACCUCAGCAGCAGCAGCAGCAGCAACAGCAGAACCGGAGAUCCCCUGUGAGCCCCCAGCUCCAGCACCAACACCAGGCGGCGGCCGCCGCCGCCGCCUUCCUGCAGCAGAGAAACUCCUACAACCACCACCAGCCUCUUCUGAAGCAGUCGCCCUGGAGCAAUCAGAGUAGCGGCUGGAGCACAGGAAAUAUAUCCUGGGGAGGAAUGCAUGGCAGAGACCAUCGUAGAACUGGAAACAUGGGAAUUCCAGGAACUAUGAACCAGAUCUCUCCUUUGAAGAAGCCCUUUUCUGGUAAUGUCAUAGCUCCUCCUAAAUUUACUCGCUCCACUCCAUCACUGACACCAAAAUCGUGGAUUGAAGAUAAUGUUUUCCGAACUGACAACAACAGUAAUACUCUCCUUCCUUUGCAGGAUCGAAAUAGAAUGUAUGACAGUCUGAAUAUGCACUCUUUGGAAAACUCCCUUAUUGACAUUAUGAGAGCAGAGCAUGAUCCACUUAAAGGUCGCUUGAGUUAUCCACAUCCAGGGACUGACAAUCUUCUGAUGUUAAAUGCAAGGAGUUAUGGGCGAAGACGAGGCCGUUCUUCCCUCUUCCCAAUAGAUGAUGGUUUGCUGGACGAUGGUCAUAGUGAUCAAGUUGGAGUCUUGAAUUCACCUACCUGCUAUUCAGCUCAUCAGAAUGGAGAACGAAUUGAACGUUUUUCUCGGAAAGUGUUUGUUGGAGGUCUUCCACCAGAUAUUGAUGAAGAUGAAAUUACUGCUAGCUUCAGACGAUUUGGACCUUUGGUAGUAGACUGGCCUCACAAAGCAGAAAGCAAGUCCUAUUUUCCACCAAAAGGUUAUGCGUUCCUCCUGUUCCAAGAAGAGAGUUCUGUUCAGGCCCUGAUUGACGCCUGCAUUGAAGAAGAUGGAAAGCUCUAUCUAUGUGUUUCCAGUCCUACUAUCAAGGACAAGCCAGUUCAGAUCCGUCCCUGGAAUCUAAGUGAUAGUGACUUUGUGAUGGAUGGUUCCCAGCCACUUGAUCCUCGAAAAACAAUUUUUGUUGGCGGAGUCCCUAGACCAUUAAGAGCUGUGGAAUUGGCUAUGAUCAUGGACCGUCUCUAUGGUGGAGUUUGUUACGCAGGAAUUGAUACUGACCCUGAGCUGAAAUACCCAAAAGGUGCUGGACGUGUUGCUUUUUCCAAUCAGCAGAGUUAUAUUGCUGCCAUCAGUGCUCGGUUUGUUCAACUUCAGCAUGGCGAUAUUGAUAAACGAGUGGAGGUAAAGCCAUAUGUGUUGGAUGACCAGAUGUGUGACGAAUGCCAGGGUGCACGAUGCGGUGGAAAGUUUGCUCCUUUCUUUUGUGCCAAUGUCACUUGCCUGCAGUAUUACUGUGAGUUUUGUUGGGCAAAUAUCCACUCUCGUGCAGGACGUGAAUUCCAUAAGCCAUUGGUAAAGGAGGGGGCUGACCGCCCACGUCAGAUCCACUUCCGCUGGAAUUAAACAUGGUGAACCAGCAUCUACAUAAGGAAAGAAGGGUGCAUGUGGCUUACUGUGUUUGAAGAUACUGACAUGCAGAAGAAAUAAGUGCAUUCUUCUGCUUUUCACCCCAGCUAUCAAUACAUGCAUCUUUAUCAGCAGCCAAAACACUACAAGCCUCUUGUUUUUCACCAAAACCCUACAUCUCAGGCUUACUAAUUUUUGUGAUAUUUUCAUGUUAAAAUAAAAUGUUUUUUUGUAUUUUCUCCAAGUUAUUUUUAUAUGUAAAGUUAAAACUAGAUAUGAGAAUGUUUUUGCGUAGGGGCACACAGUCUGCUGCUAUAUUUAGUGGGUGAAGCGUGCACUUAUUUCUAAACAUGGGUUUUUAACUUCAAGAUCUGCCCCAGUAAUUUACCAAAGGUAGCAAAAUAGUGAAGAUGGAAUAUGUCUGCUACAAAAAGCUUAUUUUUAUUGUUGUUGCUAUUUUCAGUGUAUACAUAAACUAAAAAUUAGGGUUGAUUUUUUGCUCUCCAUUUUGACUUGCAAGAAAUAAUACCUCAAGAUAAUCUGAUUUAUUAGCUAUUUUUAAACAUUUUUAAUCACAAGCUGUAUUAGCUUUGCUGCUAUAUAGGUGUUAUGUGUAAUGCCACCUAUUAAUACGGGAUUGAAAUGUUUAAGACACACUGCAUUACAGAUUAAAUGCAGGCAGCAC